CCCAGCACAAGCGAUGGCGGCCGCGGUGUCCGUUAGCGCAGCUGCUAGAGACGAAAAAUCCUAUGCAGGGCAAAAUUGUGGUUCCCGUCCACUAACUUUGUAUGAAAACUACGGUACUGCUGUAGAACAGGAGGAAUGGGUUUUGGGAGAGAGAAGGGAUCCAGAUGCCGAGAGUACUGAUGAAUCUGCACCUAACGUUACGGGUAGUGAAUGCCAAAGGAGAGUUGACGAUGAGUUGCCUGUUUUGAAUCCUGAAGAGAUUGAAAGCAGACUCGAGAGGACUCGAAAAGAGUUUUACAAUCGUCGGAAGAUCAUCAUUAAAAAUCUCCCUUCCGAUAUAACCAACCAGGAGGUGCAUGAACUGCUGAGUAAUUAUGACCUGAAGUACUGCUUUGUCGAUAAGUAUAAGGGCACAGCUUUCGUCACGCUGCUGAACGGCGAGCAGGCCCAGCAUGCCAUCGGCGAGUUCCACCAGCACGUGCUGCGCGAGCGCGAGAUCUCGGUGCAGCUGCAGCCGACGGACGCGCUUCUGUGCAUCGCCAACCUGCCGCGCGCCUUCAGCCAGCAGCAGUUCGAGGAGCUGGUGCGCCCCUUCGGCAACCUGGAGCGCUGCUUCCUGGUGCACAGCGCCGUCACGGGCCACUCCAAGGGCUACGGCUUCGUGGAGUACAUGAAGAAGGACUCGGCGGCGCGCGCCAAGUCGGAGCUGCUGGGCAAGCAGCUGGGCUCGCGCAUGCUCUACGUGCACUGGACCGAGGUGGGCUCGCUCACCUUCCCCAUGCUGCACUCGCGCUGCCUCUGCGUCGACCGGCUGCCCCCCAGCCUGGUCAGCGCUCAGGACCUGCUGGCGGCGUUGGCCGACACGCACGCGCCCAUCUUCUGCCAGCUCGCCCAGGGCCAGGACGGCAGUUUCCGGCGCUUCGCCGUGCUCGAGUUCUCCACGCCGGAGAUGGCCGAGGAAGUGCAGCGGGUGGCAGACGGCCGGGCGCUGGGCGGCGCCCACAUUCGCGUCUCCUUCUGCGCCCCAGGACCGCCGGGCAGGAGCAUGCUGGCAGCCCUCAUUGCUGCCCAGACCAUGGCUCUGAACCGUGGGAAGGGGCUGCUGCCAGAGCCCACAGCCAUGCAGAUCCUCACCGGCCUCAGUAACCCCGCCACGCUCAAGAUGCUGCUGACGCCUCUGGCCCAGGGCCGCAAGCAGGGUCUGCUGGGCGCCGCGCCCGCCAUGCCCCUGCUGGGUAACCCCGCCCUCUCCGCUGCCCUCCUGCAGCUGCUGCUCCAGAACCAGGCCCAAGUGCAACAGGCCGGACUCUUGGGCGAUAACCCUCUGGGCCCCCAUGCCCUCCAGCAGGGCGUCAACAUGCUGGGAGAUCUACCUCAAGGCGGAAUGGUUCCAGGGCUGACGUUACCAGCGGAGGCCCCCGGCCCCAUCAAGCCCCCCUCUCUGGGUCGUCCGUUGGGCCGUGAGCAGGAGUCCCCCACCCCCCCCUGCAGCUUCCCCUCCACCCCCUCCCCAGCUCUGCAGGGCCUGCCCAUGCCACUCCUGGGAGGCGUGCUCGGAGCCGAGGCACCUGCCAUACCCGGGUCACUGUUAGGAGACCCUCCCAAAGAGGUGGGGGUGUCCCAGAAUCCCUUCCUGAACAACCCCAACGUUUUCCCCUCUGCUGCCUCCAGCAGCAGGCCCCACCCCUACAACCACGCCUACAGGAAGAGGCCCACGUUAGGCAGCGCGGCCAGCCAGCGCACCGGCCACACGCUCCACUCCAGCUUCAACCUGCGCUACCAGGACUCCUACACCCCCGAGUACCCGCCCCUGCACCAGGACCCUCUGUCUCACUUGUAUGAGCCAGAGACUCUGGAUGGCGCUUCACUACCAGGGUUCGGCGUUCAGCCUUCCCGCCCUUCCAGCUUCAGUGAGCGACUCCCCUCCUAUCACUACCCCCCCAGCCCUCCCCGCAACUCCUUCUUCAGCUUUGGGGCUCCGGGAAGCACCCCCUCCACCCAGCUCAAUAAGGCUGUCGGGAUGCCCCCUGUAAGCCACAGCAGUCUCUACUCCGCCGCCCCGGGGAGCGAAAUGAAGACUCCAGUCGGAGGGCAGAAGCGCCUGUUCUCCCGCCUCAUCCCCUCGCCCGAGCCCAGUCCCGAGGGCGGCUACGUGGGCCAGCACUCCCAGGGCCUGGGGGGCCACUACGCCGACUCCUACCUGAAGCGGCUGCUUCUCCCCUGCUGACCAGCAGAGGGAGCCUGCCAUUCUUGAGGCACUCACUGGUACUGGACUUGACCAGCAGCAACAGCAGCAGUUUUAGCCAGUCUCCGCUCACGCUAUGUUCUUACUGCUGCUGCUGUCAUUUUCUCUCUCUCUCUUUUUUUUUUUUUUUUUUUAAACGCUUUUCCUGCCAGAGUGGACGAUCCUCUGGUGCAGGCCGGACCUGUGCUCACCCCUCUGUUGUGUCUGAAGCAUUCCGUUGACAAGGCCCUUCCUGAUCCUCUCGGGGAAAGGCCCAUUUCAUCUCCAGCUCCCAUCUCCCUCAUCCAUCCGCCUCACGCACCACAACCCCCCCCCCCCCCCCUCUUCUCCUGGCCUGUUGGGUCCAAGGGACCGGGGGGGUGCUAGGUCUGGCCUGUGCCGAGUAGCAGGACCAUGUGACUCCGUUUUAAAAGCUGUUCUUAUUAAUCUGGUUGACAUUUUGAUUGUGAUAACCCCAUUACCUCUGCCUUGUGCUCUGCCUGGCCACAGAUCUUAAAAUCAACUCCACACGUGUGCCUGAACUUGCCAGCCUUUCCUCUUUUUUUUUUUCUUUUUUUUUCCCUCUCCCCUUCUGUGAUCUCAUCUCUACCUACCAAAAGCUUUAACCUACAUUUAACCAUCUUUUUUUCCUGUUCUUUUGCUGUGUAUAUACUUAAGCGUGGUUAUUUUAUUUCAUUUUUUUUCUCCCUCAAGCUUCCUUGUCUUUUAUUUUUAAACCUUCCAAGCAGAAAAAUGUAAGUUUAAAUCUAUAUUUUCUGAAUGAUCACAUGAUGAAAUAUAUCAAGAGCUGAACUUUUUCUUUUCAACCAAAUGCUGUUGCUCUUCAGUCUCUCUUGUGAUAUGCUGGUUUGUGUGUGUGUGUGUGUGUGUGUGUGUGCGUGCGUGAGUGUUUGCCUGUAUUCUGUAUGGACCAACUGGCUCAUUUCAGUUGGCUGAAACCCCCUCAAAACUGGUAUGUUUGUCAACUGUACAGCUCUUUUUGUGAAAGUUUUUGAGCAAGUAAAUGUUAUUUAAGUUGGCA